UGCGCUCCGUGCCCCGCCUCGGCAGCCCCGCCGGCCCCCUCCGCCGCCGCCUCCUGCAGCCGCCCCCGCCGCUCGCCCCCGCCAUGCCCGGCCCGGCCGCCGGCAGCAGGGCCCGGGUCUACGCCGAGGUGAACAGCCUGAGGAGCCGCGAGUACUGGGACUACGAGGCGCACGUCCCGAGCUGGGGUAAUCAGGACGAUUACCAACUGGUUCGGAAACUUGGCAGGGGAAAAUACAGCGAAGUCUUUGAGGCCAUAAACAUUACCAACAACGAGAGAGUGGUUGUGAAAAUCCUCAAGCCAGUGAAGAAAAAGAAGAUAAAACGAGAGGUUAAGAUUCUGGAGAAUCUGCGAGGUGGCACCAACAUCAUUAAGCUGAUUGACACUGUCAAGGAUCCAGUGUCAAAGACCCCAGCUUUGGUGUUUGAGUACAUCAAUAAUACAGAUUUUAAGCAACUGUACCAGAUCCUGACAGACUUUGAUAUUCGGUUUUAUAUGUAUGAGCUGCUCAAGGCCCUGGAUUAUUGUCACAGCAUGGGGAUCAUGCACAGGGACGUCAAACCCCACAACGUCAUGAUAGACCACCAACAGAAAAAGUUGCGGCUCAUAGACUGGGGUUUGGCAGAGUUCUACCAUCCAGCUCAGGAAUACAAUGUCCGCGUGGCCUCGAGGUACUUCAAAGGACCGGAGCUCCUUGUGGACUACCAAAUGUAUGACUAUAGCUUAGACAUGUGGAGUUUAGGCUGCAUGCUGGCCAGCAUGAUCUUCCGAAAGGAGCCCUUCUUCCAUGGCCAGGACAACUAUGACCAGCUGGUUCGCAUUGCUAAGGUUCUGGGCACAGAUGAACUGUAUGGGUAUCUGAAGAAGUACCACAUAGAAUUGGAUCCACACUUCAAUGAUAUCCUGGGACAGCACUCGCGAAAACGCUGGGAGAACUUCAUCCAUAGUGAGAACAGACACCUGGUCAGUCCUGAAGUCCUGGACCUUCUGGACAAACUUCUGCGAUAUGACCAUCAACAGAGACUGACUGCCAAAGAGGCUAUGGAGCACCCAUAUUUCUACCCAGUGGUGAAGGAGCAGUCCCAGCCCAGCUCAGAAAAUGCUGUGCUCUCCAGUGGCCUGACAGCAGCACGAUGAAGACUGGAAAACAACGGGUCCGAUGCUGUUCCUCCCAAUUUUCCAUAAGCAGAACAAGAACCAAAUCAAACGUCUUAUCAGCGUGUGUACAGAGCUGGCGGCCAGACGGCGUUGCGGUGGCAGGGGACGAGACCAGAGACCGCACCGGCUCCAUGGCACCUACCAGUUUAUAAACACAAACCUUACUUCUGAAUGUAAAAGGUUCCUCUGCCUUUGACUUCCUGUUGACCUCUUCCUGACCCAGAAAGCAUGGAAAAUGUGAAGGGUAUGCAAAACGGUUGUUGGCUAAUGUUUCUCCCCCCCCCAUGCUGACCUUUGCCCCCCUGAACCCCAGCAUAACGUAUUAACUAGCUGGCUCCAGAUUUGAUGCGGCAGGGAGGGGGCAGCUGGAGCGGGGGGGAAUACGGCAUGAUGGACAGUUCUAUAUUAUAAUUAAAGGAAUUCUAUAUUAUUGAAUAAAAGUUUUAAAAGAAAUGUAUGGAGAGUAUUCAGUAUGGAAGGAGCCAUGGGGAGUGCCCCCCUGCAGUGGAGGAUGCUGAGGCUGGUUGGAGCCCUUCCUGGUGCUGUCUCCUGCCCUUCGCUUGUGUUCUGUGGGGGGAAGAGUGAAUCUGUUGUACAAUGGUUGGCUAGAGCCUGCUGCCUCCAACUACUGGGCGGGCUUAAGCAGCCGGGCUACUGGAGGACAGGAGCUCGUAAAUCGAUAGGAAAACUCCACCCUGGGCCUACCAUCUUUCCCUCAGUGUUAAGCUCCUUCGGAGGCCUGGAUAAACACUAGACGCUUGGUCCCCCAUGUGGUGUCUGCACCACAGCAGAGGGGGAGACUGGCUGCCACUUUUAGCUAGUAUCCCCUUCCCCCCGUCUCUGGAUGAACGGUAGAGCCAGGGAAGGCGCAAGCGCUUUCUCCUUCCCUACCCCAGCUGAGAAGGACGAGGUACAGGGUGGGGUCUCUCAAGGGAGGCCUUUGCAACUCUAGUUCAGGGUCUGGCUGCCUGGAGAUCUCAGCUGGGUUUAAAAAAGGAUAAGGAAAUAGCCCCCGUGUCUGCACCAACACCCCUGCCAUGGGGACACACAAUGGGUGACUUCAGUCCUCUGAGCCUCUCCCCUGCUCAGGAGGGCUGGGGCAUUCUUAUUAAUCCGAAACACAGUAGACUCCUUACCCUCACAGUUCUCUGUGGGGACCACUGAGCCCUCCUUUCCGCCCCCCCCCCCACUCCGCAAGUACCCCCGGGCAGAGCCAGCAGUGCUCACAAUGCUUCCUCUUCAGUGACUGCUCCCUGGACUGCUUCUGACUUCCUCCUCGGCCACUGCCUUGAGCUGCACCUCCAUCUGGGUAGUGAAUCGAACCGGCUGGUGAAGUAAACCAGGGCUUUCUCCCCGCUCCGUCCGUCCCUCUAACCCAUCAUAUCAAACCGCCUUUCUGCUAGCAGUAGUGGUGCCACUUGCGUUUCCUAACGCCCUCGGUUAAGGAAGAGAUCUCUGUCGGACGGGUGGGCACAUCCCUGUCAUGGCAGCCAACUCGUCACCUGCUCAGUCGUCAAGUGUUUAUCCCAGCUGUGUCUCUGCAUUGGGCAGACGGCGUUUCCGAGCCAGUGAGCUCGAGCUUGAAAUUAACAAACCCAGACGCUUGAAGCUACUUUUUAAAAUCCCAGCAGGACUUUGUCAUUUCUUUUCUCCGGCCCUCCUCUCUGCCUCCAGCUCCCCUUGCAUAGUUUUUAUCCAGCGCCUUGGUACUGAAGCUGUCUGUUGUAAGGCUACCUCUGAUAUAAGGCUAUCUGCUGUAUGUUGUGUCUCCUGGCUCUUUGGAAGCUCAUUAUAAAUACCUCUUUAUAACAAGCACCUCCCUGUAAUGUACGUUUAGUAUCUUCUAAGCCUUAUAGAAGUGGUGCUAUGUAUGUGUGCGUGUGUAUAUAAACUCUAUUUAUCAUCUGUUUCCACGUGUGGGUCUGUGUAUCUAGGGCAGUGCUGGGCACUGAGUGUGCAGCUGAGGGAUUUGCUUAAGGGGAAAAAAUAUGCAGGUGGAAUCUUAAAAUGGACUCUCUGCCUUUAAUGUGUUGUGGCCUCUGCCACUCCCCACUUACCUGCCUCCUAGUUGUGUGCCCAGGAAUACAUGCUAGCCCUGCUUGGUUUCUCAGGGCUGUGGAGCUGAUGGAGAAGGGUCCCUGAGGAUGUCUUCAGUAAGCCUUCCCCAGAGGCAAUGAGUCUAUGCUUCAGACUUGCCUGUGUACCUAGAACUAAACCGUUGGCCCGAUCAGGCUGUAGCUUGUGUCAGUCACACCUGUUAGAACAGGGUCCCAUCUGCACAGGCACAGCACAAACAUGCCAUGGCCCUGCUGUGUUGUAACUGGGUACCCCAGCAUUGUGGCCCUUGUAGUGUAGCUGGGACAGCCUGGUAACUACGGUAACCUGACUCCCAUCCUGUUUAAAUCCAACCUAGGCCUCCCUUUAUGCUUAACAGCACCUUGUUAAAAUGGCCUGGCCCUGAGAAACAGUUUCACCAAGGAGAGGAACUUGAUGUGCCAUCCAUACAGAGUGCUACAGAAGCCGCAUAGAAAGAGGUCUAUUUACUGUUACAAUAGGCCAAUUUGCAUAGGACAGUGGCUUCCUACUGCAUCCCAGCCUCCAUCUCAUCACUCCCCUUUCUCCCAACGGCCUCCCUCUGCUCGUCCUUUCCACCAUGUGCGCCCUGCCCCCUGCUUGAUACAUCCUCAAUCGCCUGUCUUUAAAGGGGCACUGACUCCUUUUUUUUUUUCGUUUUAAUUUUCUUUUUACACUCCCUUAUUUGUAACACCCUCAGAGAAGCUCCAGAAAUAAACCGCUCUUUGCCUACCGAUCAUUGUUUUCCAUUUGUCAAAAUACGGAGCCCUUUCCUCCCCCUCUCGCUCGUCUUUUCGAAUCCUGCACAGGCAAAUGUGACUUCCCUCCUCCCCGCUUACUGGCCUUGGCAGUGUCUGCACAGGGCUAGACCUGUCCUGAUAGGCUGCUCCUGCAGGAGCAGUGCUGUGGUGAUCUGUCUUUUUGCCUGGGUUUGGUGAAACUAGGAAGUAGCCUAAAAAAAUAAUAAUUCAGCAACAAAGUGGAUUUAAGAGAACUUCCUUCCGGCCAGUUCUGAUCUUUAAGGUAGGUCAAAUUUUGGAACUUGGACUACUUGACUGUUCCCCUUUAACUUCUUGAGCUCUUCUCCAGUGACAGACACACCUCCUCUGCUUUGUCCCAGGCUCCGCUUAGGGAGUGUCUGCGAGUCAGGAUUCAGCAACUGCGACAGUUCCCGAACCUCCAUCCUUGGUCUUUCUGUGUCCGACUUUCCCAUCUGUAAGGAGCCGUUUGUUCUACAGCUGCUCCUGCCGUCAUGUUGGAGACGUUCCUUUCCGCCAAAGUUCUUUUCUUGGCCUGCUCAUUGGAUGGGCCCUUAUCCAUUCUCUCUCCUGUGUGGUCAUGCUGUUCUACCUUAUCUUCAAAGAGCUGCCAGUGAAAUCAAUGGGAGUUAGGUGCCUAAAUACCUUUGUAGAUCUGGGCCUAGCUUCUGGUCCCUUUUCUCCCGGUGAAUUGUAUUUAACUUCACCGAAGUCAAUGGAACCAUUCCUGGAGUUCAGGUGAUACUCAGCCGAGGUGACGCAGUCAAAAUCUGGCCCGGCGAUGUUUUCCCUUUUCUUAGUUCCCUUCCCCAAAGUUAACACAAAGUGUAGAACUCAAAAUCCUGUUGACCACCGCAGCAUUUUGCAGUGGUCACCUUCACCCAGGAAAAGUUCUCGCAAGCAUCCCCAGGCCAUUAAACUGGUAAAACCAAAGACCUCAUAAUUAGUCAAAGCUCCAUAUCAUUUAAAUGGUGACUUGCUGAUUUGUCAUCUCUUGCCACCGGGAUACAAUUCCAACAAGCUCGGAAAGUUCCCAGCGUAUGAACUAUGUGGAGGGAGGGGGGAAUGUUUGUUUUUUCAAAAUAAUUCCUGUCACCAUGUAAACGGACUUCUUUUUAAAAAGAGAGAUCUAAUUUUCAAGUUGAAAUCACUGAAAUGUCGAACUAUGAAAGUCUGUUGCAUCUAUCACACUAGCUGUUUUACUGACUUUAAAAGCAUCAGACCUCAAAGGCUGAGCCACACUCUGUUAAAAAGUCCUCUGAGAAAUGUGCUGUGGGAUUCUGGUACCAUCAUCCUCUAGGCAAAGAUUUGCUCUGCUGCUUUGGCCCCUUAAAUCCAUGAUCUCAUUAUGGUCUGGUAUAUUAUGGAGUCUCAUCCACCUGCAUAUAUUUUUCCCUUCAUUAUUGCUAAGGAUGGUGGCAUGAAAACAGGAUUUUGGAGUUAAUCUGCUCCUGCUUCUACUUUUUCACCGGUAACCAGUUAUAACGUCCUGGCGAUUUGCUGGGCAAUUAACUGUUGUCCCUCUCGUAAUUGUAAGUUCAGGUGGGACAUGAGCAGAAGGCUUAACACCUUCUGUUUCCAUCCCAGCCGGCGUUCGAACUGGAGAACAAAGGGAAUACGAAGCUGCCUAGAAACAGGCUUGUUUCUGUCUCUCCCUUUCCAAGGCUUUUGUAGACUCAGUGGCUGAGAAGCUUUGGUCUUGCUUUGGUCGGCUUGUGCAGAUAACUCCAUUAGGAAUAAUGGUGGUUCGUGCUAUCCACUCUUCAUUGAGCGACUCUGGCCACUCUCAAAACCACAUGUGGCAUUUCUGCUCUGCAUGAGUUGCACAGUGAUUUUUAGCUCAAGCAAACAAGUAUCUUGCUGUCUUCACUCACCAUCCCUGCAUUUAUAUCAGUCUAGAUUCCAAUACCUCUUCUAGACAAAGGUUUGUUCUCCAGUUAGUUUAAUCUUGGGUAUGUUCUAUUCCCCGUAGAGGGAAUAGAGGCUCUGUGUGAGUAGAUUAAGCUUUUCUGUUGCCUAGGACAAAGAUUAAAGAUAUUGUCUCCUGUCCAUACCACCCCAAAAGGCAGGCAGGAAGUAAAAACGUGCGUCAAGCCCAGUUGUGAGCCAAGAGCCACGUGAGGCGCUAUAGCAAAACACACGACUGAGUAGGAUUAAAUAGCAAACGGAAAAUCUUCUGGUUCCCUUUUGACAAGAAGACGUUGAGCUUGUCUGGCCUGUAGUUAAAUACAGAUUGUUUCCUUGCUCUUCAAAGAUGGUAUAAGGACUGGUCAAGAUAAUGCCCACGGCUGUGUUUUGUAUAGGGGUUGCUAGUCCUUGAACAAUGAGCACAAUGAAUAACGUCUCUUUAUGGGGAAAAGAGGACUCAGGGUUAUUCUGAAAAAGCUCUGUUACGAUUGCUUCUUGUAGACCUCCACAGCCAGGGCUUGAUCCCCCGCCCAUCAAAGUCAGUGGAAAGACUCCCACUGAAUUCAAUGGGCUUUGGGUCAUGCCCUCACUCACGUGACAUUUACAAGGUCCUGUGAAGCAUGUGUAUGAUUAGGAUAAGCAAUAGAUGAAUAAUUAUUGAGAGGAAGGAUUUAUUAUCUUUAUAAUUCCCUUCCGUAAACAUGUCCAGCAUUGUUGGAUUUCAGAGAGGCACCUAGAUUUGACAUGUCUUAUGCCAGUAUUUUGGAGGGUUCCUGAAGGUCUCACCACCUUGAAAGUCAUCUGAUCUCCAGGGUACUCUGUAGAAAAAAAACCAAAUUAUUUGGAGGAGGAUUUAUUUUUGGAGAUGGACCUUCAUUUACUAUCUCAGAGCCACAGAAUUCUGCCAGGAUGGAGGCCUCUUCCUAGUGUAUUUAAUAUGAAAAAAGCGUAGUAGAAACUAGUGCACAGUUGCCAAAACCCAGUGCCCACACACAUUGGAAAUGAAAGGGAGAGUGUAAUAUACCAACAGCUUCUCUGGUGAUCGGACGGACUCAGAGACAUCUGCCAUUUUCAGGGGUCACAGGGAGUGCAGCAAGGUCCUGAUCCUGUCCACUGGGCAGAUGAUCGUGCCUAUCUGGGCUCCCCACUGACUUCAGUGGGGCUCCACACAGACACAGGGUCCAGGUCAGCCUGCAGGAUCAGGGGCCAGGUUUGUACAGCUGGAGAUUAGGGGCUUGCUCCUGCUCAAAUGGGAGCCAGACUGGGACACAGGUUAAAACAGUUUUCUCUCCAGCGCAAUACUGGGCUGGGAUUUUCAAAGGCGCUGAAAGGAGUUAGGUGCCUAAAUCCCAUUGCAAUUCCAUGAGUGUUGGAGAUCUAUCUUCCUACCUUAGGCUUCUUUACAAAUUCCAGCCUUCGAUAUUGACUCACAUUAGCAUUCCGUUAGGUGACUGUGUUUUUUAUGCCUGUUUUUAGCAUCGUUUCCUGCAUUACACGUCUCUUGGGAGGAGGAGAGAGAAUGGAGAUGCCUUGGAUAAAAGUUGAAAUUGCCUUGAUUUUUCUUUAGAAUUCACUGAGAGACUGGGACAAAUGGGUUGAAAACACAAAAUGUUUCUGUGUAUAUUGCUCCCACAAAACAGCUAGCAGUAAGAUGUGUGCCUGGACAGCAUCUGCACGGUGGAUGAAUGAGAGGCUGGGCUAUUCAGGAAUGGCAGCUGUAUAUUUGCCCUCAUCUCAUGUGUUAACAGAUUGGAUUUAUGGAGUCAUUUAUUUAACUGUGUUGUAUAAAGUGUUUGUACUCUAACCAAUUGACUAAAUAUAGUUCUAAUUUUUAAAUAA